CAGGCGUUAGAAUCGGUUUCCAAUAGUCUAUAUUAAGUGACUAUAUCCUUGUUGUGUCUUACGACGUCUGCAUAUUUACCGGUAUAUGACUCAAGUAUUCGAGCUGACCGAGUGAGUAACUAGAGGUAGUUGGAUAGUAUUGCCUGCACAUAUCAAACUCGUAAACCUUAGUUUCACGCGAGCCUAGGUAGGCAGUGUUGUAUUGCCAACGUGUCAUAACACUUCACAAUUCAUCAUUGCUAUUGUACCUAUCGCCCAUCAUGGACGUCUUCCACUCCGAAGCCUUUUCUUCCAAAAUCAAGAAGCUGAUGGAAGAAAACCACGUACCUGGGUUCUCCAUCGCCAUUGUUCACGGCGACAAAGUCGCUUCUGCCGGUUACGGAUACGCCGAUGUGGAAUUGUCGAAGCCGUGUACGGCGGAUACGCUUUUCGACAUCGCAUCCUCUUCGAAGUCACUAACUGCGGCGGCCGUCGCGCUGCUCACGGAUGACGACGAGAAGUAUCCCGAGGUGCGGUACGAGGCUAUCGUGUCGCACCUGCUACCAGAUGACUUCGUAAUGCCCAAGCCCAAGUACACGGAGAGCGUUACUGUUGAGGAUAUCUUGAGCCACAGGUCUGGCAUGCCUCGUCAUGAUCUUUCUUAUUUCGGUCAGCAGGCAUCCCGCCCUGAUAAUUUACGAUCCGUCACCAGAAACUUGCGAAAUUUGGCAGUGGCCGCCCCUUUGCGGGUGAAGUACAUGUACUGUAACAUGAUGUAUACGGUAGCGGCGCAUCUGAUAGAGGUGAAGGCUCAGCAGAGCUUCUCUAGUUUCUUAGAAGAGCGCUUCUUCCAGCCCUUGGGUAUGGAGUCAACUAGCGUCCAGCCGUCGAGAGCUCGGGCAAAGGGAUUCGGAGAGCGCAUGGCUAAGGGGCACUACUGGGACAAGGAGAAGUCGACCAAUUGUGGAUUCGAGGCUCCGGAGUGUCCAGAAGGUGAAGGGGCAGGUUCGAUUAGCACCAGCGCAAAUGACUUCAUCAAAUGGGCCAAAGCAUUGCUCCGCAACGAGGGACCUAUAAGCAAAGAGGUGUAUGAAGGUCUAGUGCGGUUGCGUACCAUAACGAAUCCCGAUGCCAAAGGACUAGAACCGUUUGAAUCCCCAGUAUUCUAUACUGCUGGGCUGGAGGUAUACUAUUAUCGAGGACACACGGUAGUGGGACAUGACGGGAUGAUAACCGGAUUUCAAAGCCUUUUCUUCUUCCUACCCGAGCUGGACUUGGGAGUGGUAAUGUUUUCGAACUCGGCAGACGCGGAUCCUAUACAUAGCUUCGUACGUCGGGAAUUGAUUGACGCAGUACUGAGGGAAAGGGGUGAAUUUCCUGCUGAGAGUUUGUCCCUGAAUGAGAAGGAGAAGGACAAGAAAAGCGAAGAGCCCGAGAAAAAGAAAGACGAAGAGCCACAGCCCCAGGUAACGCCGUUGAAUGCGUACGUAGGAACGUACUGGAACCCAGGUUAUCACUCUUUUACGGUCCAACUUAAAGACGAGAAGCUUUUCAUCGACGCCGGCGACCGCUCUUUUGGUAGCACGCUUACAUUUGAACAUAAAUCGGACCAGACGAAGUAUAUCGCCCACCUGAGGGAUAAUUAUGAAGGUGAAGACGAAGAGCUCAGGGCCGAAUUCGUUUUCGAAGGCGACCGAGCUAUGAAAUUGGGGAUACUCAUUGAACCAGAAUUAAAGGAUGAGUUGAUAUGGUUUAGUAGAUCUGAGGGAGAUGCCUAACGGAUUUUAUUAAUCUACAUUUCACCGAGUAUUCAUCCUGUGUGGUUACUUUGAAGUGUUCAACUUGACGUUACAGGAUUUCUGGUAUUUUAAGGCAGCAUUCUAAGGCGGUAAGGUAUAGCUCUUUGUGCCUUACGCAUCUGCCUGAAUUUUUUUUUCUGCCUGUUCCAUUAAAUAAAUUCUU